AUCGAUAUUGGAAAGCGCGAGUUUUUUUAUCAGAAAAAAUCUUGAUUUAAAAAAGAUCGUCUUCGAAUUCAGUUGUUAAGAUAAUGGGAAAAUUGGCAUUUGCUUUCUUAUUAUUAACCAUCGCAGCUUUCUCCUCGGCCACCGUUCAAUAUUCUGUAUUUCAUCCUGGAAAUCAACCUAAGAAUGUUUAUGAGAUGAUUCAAUGUGUAACUGAAUGCGGCAAAUCCUAUAAAGACCCAGUUUGCACAAACCAUCGUGGUAAAUACGUGACUUUUGGUUUACAAACAUGUGAAUGUAUCAGAGACAAUUGCAGAGAAGAUAUAGAAAUCGCCCAUGCGGGACCAUGCAGGAAUCCAGGUUAUCAUAAAAUGCCUCAAUUUCCACGAACGACCAAAAUAUAAAUUAUGUGACUUAAAGACAAUUUGAAUUUUAUGCUUUUUGAUGAGAAAUCAUACAUAUA